GUAAUUUACGAGAAAAAUAUUUUAAACCUAGCUAAUUUAUAACUAAGCAAUAAUCACUAAAUAACAAACGAAAGUACUAUAAUAUUAAAACCUAAAAAAGAUUUCGGAUAAAAAAAACAAGUUCCAGGCAGGGUCCGGCUGGUCGAUAUGAUCAUCCGCCCCUCUGUGAGUGAGUGUACGUGCAGUGUUUGCUUGGCCGCUAAGGCAUGCACAUGGACAUGGCGAUGACCACUACCACCACCACCACCACCACACCCAAAAGCACCAGCAGCAGCCCCGGCGCGUACGUCGCCAAGCCUCCCCCGCCGCCGCCGGGCUACGUCGACGUCGUCCACAACAAGGCGGCGCCGGCGGCGUACGAUUCCUACAACGGACGACGACAAGGAGGCGGCGCGGCGGCCACGGCCACCAGCAGGGCCUCCUCCGACUACGACGAAGACCGUUACCAGCAGCAGGCGGCGGCGGGAGCGCGGGCGCUGGACGGGCUCCUGCUGCUGCUGCGCGCGGCCGCGUCGGUCAUGUCGUUCGUGGCCGUCGCGCUCGUCGCGUCCUGCCGCCACGGCGACUGGAUGGAGUUCGCGCGCUACCCGGAGUACAGGUGCCUCCUGGGGGCCUCCGUGCUCGCCUGCGUCUACGCCGCCGCGCAGGCGCUUCGGGUCUUCCGACGGAUGCGCGCCGCCGGCUACGGCGGGAGAUCGGGAGGCGGAGGCGGCCUCGCGGAUUUCGCCGGCGAUCAGGUGGUGGCGUAUCUGCUCAUCGCGGCGUCGGCGGCGGCUCUCCCCAUCACCCUCCGCAUGAGAUCCGCCGUCCUCAACGUCUUCACGGACGCCAUGACGGCCGCCAUCAGCCUCGGUUUCAUCGCCUUUGCAGCGCUCGCCUUGUCCGCCAUGCUCUCCGGAUUCUUCACACUCUAGCUCCGAUAUCCGCCGCGCGCAACCAAAUUCUUUUUUUUUCUCUCUCUAUCUAGAAAGAUUAAUUUGCAGUACAAUAUUAAUUAGCGUGUGCUUGCGUCACCCCUCAUUAUAUACCAGUACGUGAGUGCACGACGGAUUGUUCCAGAUGCCUGAUGAUAGUGUGCUAAGUACGUUUUGAUUGCUAAUUGGUGUCAUCCGA